CCCUGUGGAUGAGCCAAACAUCAUUAUCCGUGCGUGUGUGGAAUACACAUGACCUCAAGGGAAGAUAGAUAUCUGCCCCGAAGCGCUGGAUUACAGUCCCUCCCUUCCCUCUGGCCCAACCCGCUCACCAGGGCUUAAGUGUCCCCUUGCCAGCCAGAAAAAAAAACCAUCAUCUAGUCGCACUGGCCUUCUUCCGACCAAUGGUUGUGCGUCCCCAUUGGCGUCCUUUAUCAUCCCAGCUCCACUAUGGCAGGUGUGGCUCCUCGAGGGGCACCGCAAGUAGCCCCGGAGCGGCCCCCUAACCCCCCAGGGCCGUCGGAUGCGCCUCCGGGCGAAGAUGAGGAAUGUCGCCUCCAAGAGGGCUGUGGUCAGGACGGGCCGCUCCGGUCGAUUUUUUUGGCCGAGUUCCAUCAUGUGCAAGGGCCGGUGAUUCGCUGUGAAGCCACCACUGAUGGCGAACCCUUGAUGACCAAGGACUUCUUUGACGCUACCAGCGUGUUCAUCAUCCCCAAGAUGAAGAUGACCAAUCGAACACUCACCUUUAACGUGAAAGGCAUGAAAGUCCUGGGCUUUCCUGUGGUGAUUUCGGACAAGAAGUAUCCACGAAAUCAGUUCAUGUUUAAUGUGGGCUUUGUUUGUUACGACUGGUCGAGAUCGAUACAAUAUGAAUCGGCCUUGAAGAAGUUGUGCAAAUUCUUCCUGACUUUAGAACGUGAAGAGCAGUCCAUCUCAAAAAAUGAAAAUACGCCCAACAUUCUCAUCAUGCUCCAGAACACCUUGAGGGAUUUAAAUCUUCAAGGGAGUGCCAUUACCAGUGCGGGAGACUACUUGCUACAACUGCAAGUGAUUGGAAACCCUCCCGAUCCUCCAGUUGUAUACGAUUAUAGUGUUCCAGUUCUUUAUGAUGUGUGGAAUGACUUACAGCAUGAAAACUUCGACCUAACCACGAACAAGAUCAUUUCCCACAUUGAUGGAGUGCACACGGUUCGACGAAUCGCCCAGCUUGCCCAUGUCGACACUGGUCUGGUAAAAGUGUGCGUUCAAAAUUUGACCUUUUUUGACCUCGUUAGUAUCGUGUCCAUAUUUCGAUUCUCCAAUUGCUAUUGUACGACCACCAAAGUGCGAGAUAUUCUGGAUAAACCAUCACUCCAAGCUGAUAUGCUGGAAUUGUGCGCAUUGUCAGAAGAGCGUCCCAGUAUUCGCGCUAUCUACCGUUUUGUCACUGAAAUGAAGCAUGGCAAGACCAUCCGUGCUUUGGUCUUCCAAUAUCCUAAUCUUGGCGUGGACAUCAUGUGUUUAGUUCAAUUUCUCUGCAUACAUGGGAUCAUUCGGCGCGUUCAUACCUAUCCCUUCUUGGAAGUCCAAGGACAACCUCAUGAGAUAUACAACGGAUGCAUUCCCUUGGAUGACUUCUGCACAAAGUUGGGCAUGUCUCCUGAAAACGCUGAAGAAUAUCUAGAGCGAUCAUUUAAUGUUCAAUUUUUAAAGAAAUAAGACAUUUCUAAAGGGAGCUUUGUCAGAUUUUCAUGCAAAUACAUUCGGACCAAUCCUUUUUUA